ACUCGUGAGCUCAUUUCCGUGCAGGGUUUAUCUGAGGAGCGGAGCUUUGGGGUUGAAAUGUCUCUGAGGAGAGCGGUGAUUGUGCCGGGAAACGGCGCAGGGAAUAUUGAGCACUGCAACUGGUAUGGAUGGGCAAAGAAACGAAUAAACGAGAUUCCAGAUGUGUCUUGUACGCUGAAGAACAUGCCGGAUCCUGUAACUGCCAGAGAGAGCAUCUGGCUGCCGUUCAUGGAGAAGGAGCUGAAAUGUGAUGAAGAGACGGUCAUCAUCGGACACAGUUCAGGAGCCGCUGCAGCCAUGAGGUAUGCAGAAACACGCAGAGUUUUUGCCAUUAUUCUGGUAGGUGCGUACACAUCAGACCUGGGAGAUGAGAAUGAGCGUGAGAGCGGAUAUUUCAGCCGGCCAUGGGAAUGGGAGAGGAUCAAAACAAACGUGAAGUACAUAAUUCAGUUCGGAUCUACAGACGACCCCUUCCUGCCCUGGGAAGAGCAACAGGAAGUGGCUGAUGGACUAAAGACAGAUUUACAUAAAUACUCAGACCGUGGACAUUUCCAGAACACAGCCUUUCCAGAGCUCAUCGACGCAGUGAAAAAGCUCAAAACCAACAGCUAA